AUUCCCCACGUACCAAACCAUUACAAUACAAACCAUUACAAAACAUUUUACAUGUGUGUGUCAUAAUUCGUACUGCAAGAUCUUUCGCCAAAAUGACUGCCUUACCUUAUUUUACUCGAGGUAAAGUUGUGAAGGGAUUCGGCAGGGGAAGUAAAGAAUUAGGUAUCCCAACAGCCAACUAUCCGGAAGAAGUUGUCGAGAAACUCCCGUCUGAAUUGAACACCGGCGUCUACUGCGGAUGGGCGUCCGUUGAUAACGGUGACGUACAGAAGAUGGUGCUUAGUCUAGGAUGGAAUCCCUACUACAAAAAUGAAAAGAAAUCUAUGGAGACACACAUCAUGCAUCAAUUUAAAGACGACUUCUAUGGUUCGAUACUCAGCAUCGUCAUCUUGGCGUAUAUACGACCGGAGAAAAGCUUUUCUUCCCUCGAUGAGUUGAUAAGCGCCAUUAAAGGUGAUGUCGCUGACGCGGACAGGAUACUGGACCAACCGGAGAACAAAAUAUUUAUACAAGACAACUUCUUUAAGGGAGAUGCAAGUUUAUGAUAAUGAAGGUCAUUAAAAUUUUAGUUUUAAAAAACAAAUUUUCUAGGAGUAGAAAUGCUGGUUGGGACCUUCGGUUGAUGAAAUUAGACUUGUUGCUAGUUUUAUCAGUCAAAUUAAUGUUUAUUUUACAGGUAAUUAUGUAAAGUUAAAACUACCAGUCCACAAGAAACAAAUUUUGUAUUUCUGGGCAUCGUUUUUUUUUUUUUUUUUUACUAGUACAGUAGUAGACAUUUUGUUUUAAUUUCAACUUUUCGCAAGGCCGUCACGUAUUAAUCAUUGGACGUCAUGUGAGAGUGUUUUUAAGACACUGGACACUAUUGGUAAUUGUCAAAGACCAGUCUUCUCACUUUGUGUAUCUCAACAUAUUAA